AUUGCGAAGGAAAAAUCAAACAGUUUCAAGCCAUUCUCUCUCCAUCGUAUCCAUCGUAUCCAUCGCCAUAUUCUCUCUCUCUCUCUCUCUCUCUCUCUCUAAAUCUUGAUUCUGCAUAUUCGCAAGCAUCGUCCUUCUCGAGCAGAAGCAGCACGAACCCCAUCCAUGGCACCGCCAGUCCCCCGCCCUCCUCCCCUCCUCCCCGAAGAGCCCUGACCUCGCCGAAGAGCUUCUUCCCUUCUCCGCAAGACAAUGCCGCUCUCCUUGACGCCGCCCCAGCGGCGGAGCGCCGCCGCGUCCCGCCUCUCCCUCUGCUCGACCAAGAACGCCUCCCCUCGCAGACCCACCAGUUUCUUUCCCCCGUACGCCUCCCAGCGCGUCCCAGCCUUCUCGGCGCCGCAGACCCACAUCGUCUUGCCCAAGAAUUGGCCCAAUUCGCGCCACGCUUCGGCUUCCCUCAAGGGCUGCGGUUACCGGGUCAGGGCGUACCCGUCCGACAGCGCGGUGCGCGGGGAAGGGGUGAGUCAUUUCGACUUCGAUUCUUUUCUUUCGAUUGCCGAGUUGCUCUGCCUCGUCUCGUCGGCCGUCGUGUCGGUCGUCUUCGCGGUGAAGAGGGCGGCUUUCGGAGCGGCCGGGGAUAGGGUUUUGGGGUGGCUGGUGGUGGCGUUGGUGGGUGGCGUGGCGAGCGGCGCGUGGGUUAGGCGGCGGCAGUGGAGGAGGGUCUUUGAGCAGCCGGGGAAAGCGGCCGUGCCAAAUGUGAACUUGGUGGAGAGGGUUGAGAAGCUGGAGGAGGACUUGAGGAGCUCCACGACUAUGAUCCGGGUCCUGUCGAGACAGCUCGAGAAGCUCGGGAUCAGGUUUCGGGUUACUCGGAAAACUUUGAAAGAGCCAAUUGCUGAGACUGCAGCUCUGGCUCAAAAGAAUUCAGAGGCUACUCGUGCAUUGGCAAUGCAAGAAGACAUCCUUGAAAAGGAGCUUGGUGAAAUUCAGAAGGUUUUGCUGGCAAUGCAGGAUCAGCAGCAGAAACAACUUGAGCUGAUUCUUGCAAUUGGAAAGACCGGAAAACUAUGGGAAAGCCGACGGGCACCUAAUCCAGAACAUACAAAUGAAUCCGCGAGUUUGGCCAAGGAAGAUUUGAAGCAGUUAGAAUCAACCAAACUAAAGCCCCUAUGAUGAGCCAGGGAACUGAAUCGUGAAAAUUGGAGAAUUGUGAAAGCAGCCAAUGUAGGAUGUUAUGGUCCUCUUGCGAUUUAGCUACCAUGGCCACACGCCGCGAAUUCAGGUCUAUGAGGAAGGAACCCAAAAAGAGCUGGUUCUUUUCAAAUGUGCAUUUCUGGGUAAAUUCCUGCAUCAUCAUUCUUACAAUUAGAUGAAAGAUCAGAUUCCUGUUGAAAGUUGCUUGUUUUUGUGAGGUCGUAACUCAUCGUGAUCCGGAUAGAACUCUAUGGUUGUACAAGAAUAAGGGGCUUAAUGAAUUAUUUUCCUUGUUAGGUUUGUUAA